GAAAAUUUGUUUCCAAUGACGGGUAUAUAAGCCAGGCAACGUGAACUAGUGAGAGUCAUACUCGUCUUGCACUUUGGUGGUUGAUUAAUCCAUUCAGAAUUUGGUUGGAAUUAACUCAGAAAAAGGGUAUCGUGGAAAGUGGAAACCUAUUGCAGGCGUUGGCUUGGCUUGCCACAAAUUCAGUUUCUUGGUGCUUACAAAUCAAUGGGUUUGGCCUACAACAUCAGUUUAUCUCCCAAGGGGAGAGGUGUGAACUUGAGAUCAGACAGCUUUAGCAAAACAGAUUCAGAAAAAACCAUGACCCUCUCGAAUGGGUGUAACAAGAUGACCACCAAUCACAUAAGCCGCUUGAGCCAAUGCAAACCCGAAAAUGUUGUGCUUGAAAAGAGUCUUUCAUUCAAGAAUCUAGUUCAAAAUGGAGAGAGCUUGGGUUCGGAUUCUUUUAGCUUCAAAAACGGAUUGAAACAUAUGCCAAUUCCCACACUUUCUCUACCUGAACCAGUAAUAUUUUUUUCUCCGAGACCCGUUUGUGAGCUUGAUGCUGCCGCGGUUAAGGUCCAAAAAGUCUAUAAGAGUUACCGAACUCGAAGAAACCUUGCAGAUUGUGCAGUGGUGGUGGAGGAGCUCUGGUGGAAGGCAUUUGACACUCUAGCUCUAAAACAGAGUUCUGUGUCAUUCUUCAAUGUUGAGAAACCAGAAACUGCUGUCUCACGGUGGGCGAGGGCAAGGACUAGAGCAGCCAAGGUGGGAAAGGGCCUGUCCAAGGAUGAGAAGGCUCAAAAACUAGCCCUCCAACACUGGCUUGAAGCGAUUGAUCCACGCCAUCGGUAUGGGCAUAAUCUACACUUAUACUAUGAUAUCUGGUUUCAAUGCGAGAGCGUUCAACCUUUCUUCUAUUGGCUGGAUGUCGGAGAUGGCAAAGAAAUAAAUCUCGACAAGUGUCCGAGGAACGUUCUACAGCGCCAAUGCAUCCAAUAUCUCGGACCUAAAGAAAGGGAAGCAUAUGAGGUGAUAGUUGAAAACGGAAAGCUUGUUUAUCGGCAAACUGGGCUGCUCUUGGAAACCGUAGAAGGUUCGAAGUGGAUAUUCGUCCUCAGCACAACCAGGUCUUUGUAUGUGGGUCAGAAAAAGAAAGGCUCGUUUCAGCAUUCCAGCUUUCUAGCCGGGGGUGCCACAACAGCAGCCGGAAGAUUAGUCGCCCAUGAAGGCCAUCUUGAGGCCAUUUGGCCGUACAGUGGUCAUUAUCACCCAACAGAGGAGAACUUCAGGGAAUUCAUUAGCUUCCUUCAAGAGCACCACGUAGAUCUUACAAAUGUUAAGAGGUAUGCAAUUGAUGAUGACAGUCUUUCAUUUAAGGUCAUUGAUGAUGAACCAAAAACAGAAUCGAAAAUGGGUCCUUCUAGAUCUACAAAAUCAGACCAUGAAAAUACAAUUGGCGUAGAUGAGGAGGCUACAAUCACGACCGCUCAUCAACUAGAAACUAAGAAUGCUAAUGCAGAUGCACCAGCCUUUCCCGUGGGCAGGCCCUUAUCUUGCAAGUGGAGCACAGGCGCUGGGCCCCGCAUUGGGUGUGUCCGGGACUACCCUGCAGCGCUACAAUCGAGAGCACUGGAACAAGUCAACCUAUCGCCCAAGGUGCCAUCUGGGCAGGUUGUUAACUAUGGUCCAAUCCCUUCUCCACGGCCCAGUCCAAAGGUCCGGGUCUCCCCUAGACUUACAUUUAUGGGACUCCCUAGUCCGAGGACACCGAUUACUGCAGCUAAUUAAGCCAAUCCACGAAAGGUGAAUGAAUGGCUUGGGUCAUGCAAUUUAGGUAAUAAAUGUGAAAGAGUUUUUAUAGGAUUUAUUUGGCAUCAAGGGCACUUCUAGUGCCCACAAUGUGGAGUCUUUUCUAGCAAAUGAGGGGACAAAGGGAUUAACAUUAAUUUUUUUUAGAUGUUUAUUGCUUCAUUUUUUUACAGGGCUUAAGUGAGCCAAAUAGGUUUUUUUAUCCUCCCAAUUUUGGCUUCUGUAAUUUGGGUUGGAUUUCAUUGAUUUUUCUUGUAAAACACAAAGUUGAGGUAAUAAAUAUACAUGCAUGUCGACUGAGACAAAUUUAUUCUAUUA